GUGACAUAAUCUGACCUUCGGUUGUCCAAACUUCGAAAGCUAAGAAGUUUUGUUGACUGUUUUCUUUACUUUUAACAUCCGAAUAUAUAUUUUCGAUACUUGUUGAAAUAAGAGUGGCUUAUAUGGCUAACUGUAAUAUUACAGUUAACAGCAAGCGUUAGAGCAUGUUCGGUGACAUUCAAUUAACAAAGCGUUUAAUUGUUAUUGCCUUAGUCCUAGGCAUUAUUUUAAUUCUUAAAGAAUACGUGUUUGUUUUUCCGCUAUGAGUCAAAGUAGAGUUGCAUAUUUUUAUAAUCCAGAUGUAGGUAAUUUUCAUUACGGUCCGGGUCAUCCUAUGAAACCUCAUAGGUUAUCAGUCACCCACAGCUUAGUUCUCAAUUAUGGUCUCCAGAAGAAGAUGCAGAUAUACAGACCAUAUCGAGCUAAUGCACACGACAUGUGUCGUUUUCACAGUGAAGAUUACAUUGAAUUUCUUCAAAAUGUAACCCCUCAAAAUAUUCAGACAUACUCAAAGGAUCUCCUCCAUUAUAAUGUGGGUGAUGAUUGCCCGGUAUUUGAAGGUCUGUUUGACUUCUGUUCAAUGUACACCGGUGCCUCUCUAGAAGGUGCAAUGAAACUAAAUAACAAUUCCUGUGAUAUUGCUAUUAACUGGUCUGGUGGACUGCAUCACGCUAAGAAAUUUGAACCUUCAGGUUUCUGUUAUGUUAAUGACAUAGUUAUAGCAAUACUAGAACUCUUGAAGUACCACCCAAGAGUGUUGUAUAUUGAUAUUGAUGUACACCAUGGGGAUGGAGUCCAAGAAGCAUUCUACCUAACCGAUAGAGUCAUGACUGUUAGCUUCCAUAAGUAUGGAAAUUAUUUUUUCCCUGGAACUGGUGAUAUGUAUGAAAUUGGAGCUGAAAGUGGAAGAUACUUCUCGGUGAAUGUGCCAUUGAAAGAGGGUAUUGACGAUCAAAGUUACGUUCAGGUUUUCAAACCAGUGAUAUCCACUGUGAUGGAGUUCUAUCGUCCUACUGCUAUUGUACUUCAGUGUGGUGCUGACUCGCUAGCUGGAGACCGACUCGGGUGUUUCUCUCUGUCAACACGUGGACAUGGAGAGUGUGUCAAAUUUGUCAAAAACCUCAAUGUACCCACGUUGGUUGUGGGUGGUGGAGGAUAUACACUUCGAAAUGUAGCAAGAUGCUGGACUUACGAGACUUCCCUCCUCGUUGAUGAGAAUAUUUCAAAUGAGCUGCCAUAUACAGAGUACCUCGAGUUUUUCGCGCCAGAUUUCCAGUUACAUCCAGAAAUUAGCAGCACGUCAAACGCUAAUACUAAACAGUAUUUGGAGGCUAUUACAAAACAUGUAUACGAUAAUCUGAAGAUGUGUCAACAUUCGCCUGCAGUUCAAAUGACGCAUAUACCAGGUGAUUUUCUGCCAGAAGAAUACAGGAUAAAGGACGAACCAGAUCCCGAGAUACGUAUAAGUCAAGAAGAAGCUGACAAAAUGAUUGAACCUAAGAAUGAGUUCUAUGAAGAUGAGAAAGACAACGACAAGGAACCAGUUCCAGAGACGAAAGAAUCAUAGCAUACGGAGGAAACCACCCCUGCGGUGGCCAUUUGACAAGAGACACUAUACAAGAAGUAUAAGAAGAAGUUCAUGUGACAUCCUACUGUUGAGGAACAGUGAGGAGACAGAACACAAGUGACUUAGUGAGUGUAACAAGUGUACUUAAGUGUUAAAGUGUUAAAAUUAAGAUUGGAAGUGAAACAUCAGUAAAAGACAUUUUUACUGUAAGUCUAUUUAAGUUUAGUAUUCCAUUUCAAUAUAAAUUGUACUAAACAAUAAUGAAUUAAUGUUUUAUAAUGAUUUUAUAAUAUUUUAUUUUAGACUGCCUCAUUGGUCUUAUGGCUAGAUAUAAGGCCGGAGAUCCCGAGGUCCUGGGUUAAAUUCCCAGGUCAGGCCGAUAAAAAGUUAGUGAGUUUUUUUGUCAAAGAUUCUCAGUAGCAGUCCGAAGUCUGGAAGUAUGUACACUCCCACUCCACUCAUGUCUUGGAGAGCAUGUAUAGCCAUUGGUCCUGAGCCUGAACUCUUCCGGUCGUGUCAGAUUGCCGUCUUAUCGGAUUAUGAGAGUAAGGGAAUAGAGUGCACUAUAAUAUGUGCGGCGCAGUUGACUAAUCUCUUUUAUGAUUGGUCACCGUGACCGAAAUCAGUCAGGAGGACAUCAUACUAUUCAAAUUGUUAAUAUUAAAAGUUAAAACAAAAUAGUAUAACACAAAUGAUUUUCUUUCAUAUUAAAAAUAACUUUAAUAUUUUAGAAGUGUUAUUGUUGAUAGAAAACUGUCACAAACACACAGUUUUUGAGUUGUUCUACUGUUUUUACUCCAUAUAAACAUUAUAUUAACAUUUCACAGAAAUAUAUUUACCUGUGCCACUGCUACAAUCCAUCAUAAACUAUAGGACAGUAAUGUAAAAACUAACUAAAAAUAAUUAUUCUUAGUUGUAAGGAUCUCAGUCAAAAACUAACACAUAUAUACAUUAUAUGUAUUAUUAUCAUUAAUAAAACUAUUUUUACUUUUAUCUAUAUAUUAUUAUCAUAAAUAAUUAGAAAAUCACUGCAUCUUCACAAUUUCAUUUUUAUAUCAAGAGUGAAGAUCUAUGUGUUUUUGGGAGAGCUUUUGUAUAACUCUGCCAGCUUCCCUCUCAUCUCUGCUUGCUGGUGCCAACUAAUCAGCAAGCAACAGAUCAUACAUAACAGAGCAACAGAAAUAAGCAACCAAGUAGGAAUAGUUUGUGCUUGAAUGAGAUACCAUAAAAAUUAACCAAAUUCACUAGAAUACUUUAGCACUUAGUUGUAUGCGCUAUUUGUGACAAUUUUUAUUAAAAUGGAUCAUUAAUUUUAUUAUUAAAAAAAUCUUUUUCUUUACUGCAAAGUUACUACUUGUUGUUUUACAAAGAAACUUUCUGUAUUGAUUACAUAUAGUACGAUAAUUUAAGUCCACAUUUUGAAUUUCAAACCUAUUUAUGUCAUAUAUAAUAAUGCAAAUUCUGACAUUUAAUUCAUCUGUAUAAUAAUUAAAAUAGACAGUUCCUGAAUUAGCCCUAGAACCUUUUAUGAAAAUUAUGAUUUAUAUUAAUGUAUGAUAAUAUGAUAUGAUAUUCGUCCAAAAAAUCUGUAUAAAGAUUCUAAGAUCAUACAGUAAAUUAAGUAAUUUUUGUGAUUUUAAUCGUAAAACAUAUUUUAUAUAUUAUACUAAGUUGCAUUACAAAGCUGAGAAGUAUGAAGUAACAAUAAUAGUUAUGUCAUUCAACACAAGGCAUAAUAUACAAAUAACUUAUUAUAAUAAGUGUAUAGUAUAAACAAGUUGUAAGUAGUUAGUUAAUUUUAUAUAUAGGCAACUCCAAUGAUAAGUAGUAAAUAUAAAUAAACAUAUUUCACCUUGACUUGAUAAGAUAUCUUUGGUUCAAACCUAAAAUAUUCUAUGUUAUUCAUUAUAGAUUUGUGAAUAAAUUGCGGUUUAAAGUUUUUAUAGUUAGGUACUUUUGAAAGUAAAAUUAAAUAUGAUAUGAGUAGUAAUAGUUGAAUUGCAUAAAAUAGCACUGCACUAUUAACAAAUCAUACAGUAACAGCCUGUUAAUGUCCCACUGCUGGGCUAAGGCCUCCUCUCCCUUUUGAGGAGAAGGUUUGGAGCUUAUUCCACCACGCUGCUCCAAUGCGGGUUAGUAGAAUACACAUGUGGCAGAAUUUCAAUGAAAUUAGACACAUGCAGGUUUCCUCACGAUGUUUUCCUUCACCGUUAAGCACGAGAUGAAUUAUAAACACAAAUUAAGCACAUGAAAAUUCAGUGGUGCUUGCCCGGGUUUGAACCCACGAUCAUCGGUUAAGAUUCACGCGUUCUUACCACUAGGCCAUCUUGUAAAACUUAAGUUUCUUUAUCUGUACUUCUUCUGCCAUUUGAAUAUAUUAUACAGGGGUAAUUGUUAUAUUUAUAAAGUAUGAUAAGCAUUAGUAUUAUAACUGCAUUAGAAUAUAUGGAUUUUAAACAAUAAUUUUCUAUGAUUAUAAACAUUGUAGCACUUUUAAAUGGUUAAUGCAAUAAGUAUUUGUUUAGAUGAUUUUUUAAAGCAGUGAAAUCACAUUAUGGGAUAGAAAUAAAAACGUCAAUGGAUAUAGUAAUAUUUGUGUAUUGUCAAAUCUCUUCUAGCUUAGCUUAUGAUUCGUAAGAUUACAAUUUAGAUUUCCAUCAACCACAGUUGAUGUUGUCUAUUACUAAGACUUAAUAAAUAAUGAUAAUAGGAAGCUAAUAUUUUUUACGAUAAUUAAGUAUUUUAUAACAUAUAACAGUUAUAAGGUAAAUAGUGUUUGUAUAAUAUAAAAUAUCUUUUCAGUUUGAAAUUACUUAAUCAUAUACAACUUACUUAAAAACAACCGAUAAUUUAGAAUUAUUUUAAGUUAAGCCAAAAUUAUAUUAUUUUUUUAUUUCGUGUGUGCUUGCUUACCUUUUGUAACAGAUGUACUUGAAAUGAAAUGUUAUAAAUUUGUAGUCAGUUUUCAUAACAGGUCAAUAAAAAUUGAAUUAUAAUCUCUUAUAUUCAUAGCAGGAAACAACUUUGACAAAUAAACAACUUUGACAUUGAUUUGACAAUGAUGACGUAUUGAUAUUCAUUCAUCAUAUAUCUUAGGAAUUCGUGAAAAAAAUGCAUCUUGAAUGUCGACAUAUUAUCGGAAUUUUAAAAGAAUUUUUUUGUAUAACCUCUAUCCGUUGCUUUGUAAGUUUCUUUCUUAAUAGUCAAUCAUUAAAGUUAUGUACUAUCUGUAUGUUUAAAUAAAUAUUAUAUAUAAUAGUUUUGAUUUUGUUGUACAUAAUUUCUAAUAGGAUUGUACUAAAGCGCUAUUUAUUUAUCGUUUUCUUGCGUGGGGUUAAAAGAUAUGUGGCCUUAGUCAAGUUGACAUUCUACAAUUGUAAUCGCUAAUAGAAAACCUAAUCAAAUGGUCAAAACAAACGAAUAUAAAGUACCCUUUUAAGUACCUACUUCGCAAUAUAUGUAUUACCAUUUUUUAAAUUUAUUUAACAAUUGAAUAUAAGCCCGUAAUAGACUUUUCUCAAGAUCAUAUUUAAUUUCUUCGUUUUCAAUUUGAAUUGAAAACGAAAAAAUUAAAUAGAAGUUGUUUAAAAAUAAAAAAGCAUAAGAUUAAAAGCAAGAGUUGGCACUCCAUUGAUACAUAAUACUUUAUAACAUUAUUUUUUACGUCUAUUAUUUUGUCAGAAACGACGAAUGUUAGUAAUUUUAAAAAUAUUUAAAAUGAGGUUUAAUUAUGAAUAUUACACUAAUUUAAAUUAUCCUCUAAUUUUUACUUAAAAAAUAAACAACCUUAUGAUUAACAAUAUCAUGGGCCGUUGGGCGCUAAGCCAAUUGGCAGUUGCCCCCCUUUUUAGCCCGUAUAUUUACUUUUUAUAUUAUUAUUUAAUUUGGGUUAUAAGUGCAUACAUUUUAAUAUUAAG